GCACCGCCCCGCCCGAGCCCGGCCCCGGACCGGCGGGGACCCGUCCCGGAAUCCGCCCCCAGAGGCGGAAGCGACCCAGGAGCCAUGUGGCAGGUCACCACCCGUUCCCUGAGCAGGGCGAGUCCUUGCGGCUGGCAGAAGCGGCUGCCCUGGCCCAGCCCCAGCCCCGCGCCUGCGGCCCCGCAGCGCUGCAGCCCCGCACCGACCCUUCGGACGGCCCCUGCCCGCGCCUUCUCCUCCAUGGCCCCCUCCGUCUGCCUCUCGCCCGCCGCCCGCAGCCUCUUCGACGAGCCGCUGGCCAUCGCCGUGCGUGGCCUCGGCCCGCGGCAGCAGGUCACGCUGCGGACGUCCUUGCAGGACGAGACGGGCGAGCUUUUCCAGGCCUGCGCUCGCUACCAGGCGGGGGACGACGGGGAGCUGGACCUCGCCCGCUGCCCCGCGCUGCCGGGAGGCAGCUUCUCCGGCCUGGAGCCCAUGGGGCUGCUCUGGGCUUUGCAGCCCCAGAAGCCCUUCAGGCGGCUGGUGAAGCGGGACGUGCAGAGCCCUUUCCUCCUGCAGUUGGAGGUGUUUGAGGGCCACGGGGACCCCCCCGGGCAGCUCCUGGCCCAGGCGCAGCACGAGAGGGUGUUCCUAAGGGAUGGGGUGCAGAGAGUCCCGGUGCGAGAGGGAAGGAUUCGGGCGACGCUUUUCCUGCCCCCCGGAAACGGCCCUUUUCCGGGAGUUAUUGACUUGUAUGGAACUGGAGGAGGACUCCCUGAAUACAGGGCAUGCCUACUGGCCAACCAUGGCUUUGCUGUGCUGGCUCUGGCUUACUACAGCUAUGAAGAUCUCCCCAAAGAUAUGAAAGAAUUCCACCUGGAAUAUUUUGAAGAAGCUGUAAACUAUAUGUUACAACACACCCAGGUUAAAGGUCCGGGAAUCGGUUUGCUUGGAAUCUCGAAGGGGGGUGACCUGUGCGUCUCCAUGGCCUCCUUCCUAAAGGGCAUAACAGCCACCGCCCUUAUUAAUGGCUCGGUGGCAAAUGUGGGCGCAGUGCUCCGCUACAAGGAUGUCACCAUUCCACCCCUUGGCAUCAAUGCAAAACACAUCAAGGUCAACAAGUCAGGGGUUGCUGAUAUUGUCGAUGUACUGAACAACCCGCUAGAAGGGCCUGACCGCCAAAGUUUUAUUCCUUUGGAGAAGGCCGAGUGUCAUUUCUUGUUCAUUGUUGGCCAGGAUGAUCACAACUGGAAAAGCGAAUUCUUUGCAGUUGAAGGGAGCAAACGUUUGCAAGCUCAUGGGAAGGAAAAGCCUGAGAUAGUCUGUUAUCCUGGAGCAGGGCACUAUAUUGAACCCCCCUUUUUCCCGAUGUGUGCAGCCUCGAUGCACCUGCUAGUUGGCAAGCCUGUGAUGUGGGGAGGGGAGCCCAGGGCACACUCUGAGGCACAGGUAGAUGCUUGGCAGCAGAUCCAAACUUUCUUCCACAAACACCUCACAGGCAAGCCAUCUGGAACAUCCAAUAAGCUGUGAUGUGAGUUAGAUUACAGAUGAAGAUACCGGUGUUUCAAGUUUGUUUUGUUAAAUGGCUCUGAAUGAGAAGAAAGAACAUCAGAGAAUAAGCUACUGGGUUUCUUGGAGGAUGAUAGCUGAGAACUGGGAUGAAAAUUUGCCUUAGCUUUCUCUGAGGAAACGUGUUAUAUGCCAUUGUCCUUACCAGAGCCAGCUUCAUGCUCUAGUUUUUCUGGAAGCAGCUGUUCUCUCUUCCUGCCUCUAGUAACCUUUCUGUUCUCCCUGUGUACUGCCCUAUCCGUUGUUGCUCUUUCCUCUUCUCCCACAUCACUGGAAUGCAUCUGCCUUAACACUUAAUAUACAAAUUCACUUACCAAAACCAGCAAUACUGUGCCUGCAUUCUUGGAGAAUGCAUCUCCCAUUUAUAAAUGAGCACAUGCAAUAGAAAUUACACUUUGUAUGGUUUUGGAAAGUUUGUAAGCAUGAAGAAAUGACAGAAUUGGACCUGUUGGUAGUCAUGCCUGGAACUGCUUGUGGGCAUCUCCUCAGCAGGGCUGGAUAUCCCUGUGUAGGUCCACAGCACUGCUGGAGGGGAGUUUCUCCCUGCCUGUCCAUUCCCUUAAUGCCUCCACAGCUGCCUGCUUGUAAGUGCUGCUAAAAACAGCAAGGCUGUGAAGAUGGCACGGCAGCUCCUUGCAGCAUCUUUGCCUCAUGACCGAGCGAGCGCUACGAUGUGGGGUUUGUAGGAGCUGCCAUUGUGCAUGGGGGGGCAGGGACCGGUCUCUCCCACGGGGCCCUGCAGGACUCCAGGCUUCCUUUCUGGCUCCCUCUGAGGAGCGGGGUGCGUGCUCACCCCCCGCCCAGUGAUUGUCGGUGGCGUUUGGCACCCAAGUGUGAGUUUGGAAGAAGACUGAAUAUUGCUUGUGGGGCGCUGGCGAGUUUGUGCUAUCCUAUAAAAAGUUUUUAGCACAUCAGUGCCUUACAGAGGCAGCGUGAGCGGGUGUAGGCCGAGCUGCUGUUCGUGUGUUACUGUUCGCGUGUUACGUGAAUUCUAUUGGUGUGUUUGCGCGUUUUGCAUUCGCUGCGGGUUUUUUAAUGGAUUAAAAUGAACCGUUAACCUCUA